GAAAAGAAGUCCAUCAGUGUCCAGAGAUCAGAAUAGAAGAUACGACCAAAGGGAAGAAAGAGAAGAAUAUUCACAGUAUGCUACUUCGGACAGCGCAAUGCCUAGAUCUCCAUCAGAUUAUGCUGAUAGGAGGUCUCAACGUGAACCUCAGUUUUAUGAAGAGUCUGAUCAUAUAAAUUAUAGGGACUCCAACAGGAGAAGUCAUAGACAUUCCAAAGAAUAUAUUGUAGAUGAUGAGGAUGUGGAGAGCAGAGAUGAAUAUGAAAGACAGAGGAGAGAGGAGGAAUACCAGGCACGCUAUCGAAGUGAUCCGAACUUGGCCCGUUAUCCAGUCAAGCCACAGCCCUAUGAAGAACAAAUGCGUAUCCAUGCUGAAGUGUCACGCGCCAGGCAUGAGAGAAGGCACAGUGAUGUUUCUUUGGCAAAUGCUGAACUGGAAGACUCCAGGAUUUCUAUGCUAAGGAUGGAACGACCAUCAAGGCAAAGAUCUAUAUCUGAACGUAGAGCUGCCAUGGAAAAUCAGCGAUCUUAUUCAAUGGAAAGAACUCGAGAGGCUCAGGGACCAAGUUCUUAUCCGCAAAGGACCACAAACCAUAGUCCUCCUACCCCCCGGAGGAGUCCAAUACCCAUUGAUAGACCAGACGUGAGACGUACUGACUCACUAAGGAAACAACACCACUUAGAUCCUAGUUCUGCUGUAAGAAAAACGAAACGGGAGAAAAUGGAAACAAUGUUAAGGAAUGAUUCUCUCAGUUCUGACCAGUCAGAGUCAGUGAGACCUCCACCACCAAAGCCUCAUAAAUCAAAGAAAGGAGGUAAAAUGCGCCAGGUUUCAUUGAGCAGUUCAGAGGAGGAAUUAGCUUCUACACCUGAAUAUACGAGUUGCGAUGAUGUUGAGAUUGAAAGUGAGAGUGUAAGUGAAAAAGGGGACAGUCAAAAGGGAAAAAGAAAAACUAGUGAGCAGGCAGUUUUGUCGGACUCUAACACCAGGUCUGAGAGACAAGAGAAAAUGAUGUGCUUUGGCGGCCACUCUUUGGAAGAGGACUUGGAAUGGUCUGAGCCUCAGAUUAAGGACUCUGGGGUAGACACGUGUAGUAGCACAACCCUUAAUGAGGAGCAUAGCCGUAGUGAUGAGCACCCUGUGACGUGGCAGCCAUCUAAAGAUGGAGAUCGUUUAAUUGGUCGCAUUUUAUUAAAUAAGCGUUUAAAAGAUGGAAGUGUACCUCGAGAUUCAGGAGCAAUGCUUGGCUUGAAGGUUGUAGGAGGAAAGAUGACUGAAUCAGGUCGGCUCUGUGCUUUUAUAACCAAAGUUAAAAAAGGAAGUUUAGCUGAUACUGUAGGACAUCUUAGACCAGGUGAUGAAGUACUGGAAUGGAAUGGAAGACUAUUGCAAGGAGCCACGUUUGAAGAAGUCUAUAACAUCAUCCUGGAAUCCAAACCUGAACCACAGGUGGAGCUUGUUGUUUCAAGGCCUAUUGGAGAUAUACCUAGAAUACCUGAUAGCACACACACACAACUGGAGUCCAGUUCUAGCUCAUUCGAAUCUCAAAAAAUGGAUCGUCCUUCUAUUUCUGUUACAUCUCCCAUGAGUCCUGGCAUGUUGAGGGAUGUUCCACAGUUCUUAUCUGGACAACUUUCAAGCCAAAGCCUUAGUAGAAGAACAACGCCUUUUGUUCCUAGGGUUCAGAUAAAACUGUGGUUUGACAAGGUUGGUCACCAAUUAAUAGUUACAAUUUUGGGAGCAAAGGACCUCCCUUCCAGGGAAGAUGGGAGGCCAAGGAAUCCUUAUGUUAAAAUUUACUUUCUUCCAGACAGAAGUGACAAAAACAAGAGAAGAACUAAAACAGUGAAGAAAACUUUGGAACCCAAAUGGAACCAAACAUUUAUCUAUUCUCCAGUCCACCGAAGAGAAUUUCGGGAACGAAUGCUGGAGAUUACCCUUUGGGAUCAAGCUCGAGUUCGAGAGGAAGAAAGUGAAUUCUUAGGAGAGAUUUUAAUUGAAUUAGAAACAGCAUUAUUAGAUGAUGAGCCACAUUGGUACAAACUUCAGACUCAUGAUGUUUCCUCAUUGCCACUUCCCCAUCCUUCGCCGUAUAUGCCACGACGACAACUCCAUGGAGAGAGCCCAACACGGAGGUUGCAAAAUAAAGCCUUAUGUUCAUAUAAUUCAGGAUCAAAGAGAAUAAGUGAUAGUGAGGUCUCUGAUUAUGACUGUGAUGAUGGAAUUGGUGUAGUAUCAGAUUAUCGACACAAUGGUCGAGAUCUUCAAAGCUCAACAUUGUCAGUGCCAGAACAAGUAAUGUCAUCAAGCCACUGUUCACCAUCAGGGUCUCCGCACCGAGUAGAUGUUAUAGGGAGGACUAGGUCUUGGUCACCCAGUGUCCCGCCUCCACAGAGUCGAAAUGUGGAACAGGUACUUCGAGGGACACGCUCUGCUGCAGGACAUUAUAAUACAAUUAGCCGAAUGGACAGACAUCGUGUUGUGGAUGACCAUUAUUCUCCAGAUAGAGACAGUCAUUUUCUUACUCUACCUCGCUCCAGAUACAGUCAGAGCAUUGAACAUCAUCACAGGGAUGGCAGGGAUUGUGAAGCAGCAGAUAGACAGCCAUAUCACAGAUCCAGAUCAACAGAACAGCGGCCUCUGCUAGAGCGGACCACCACCCGCUCCAGAUCCACUGAACGUCCUGAUACAAACCUCAUGAGGUCGAUGCCUUCAUUAAUGACUGGAAGAUCUGCCCCUCCUUCACCUGCCUUAUCGAGGUCUCACCCUCGUACUGGGUCUGUCCAGACAAGCCCAUCAAGUACUCCAGUGGCAGGACGAAGGGGCCGACAACUCCCACAGCUUCCACCAAAGGGAACAUUGGAGAGAAACAAUGGAGUCAAGGAGAUAGAACCUUAUGAAGAAGUGGACGCCACAAGGAGAAGACAUGCAGGUGCUAUGGAUAUAGAGGAGAGAAAUCGCCAAAUGAAAAUUAACAAAUACAAACAGGUAGCCGGAUCAGAUCCCAGACUGGAACAAGAUUACCAUGCAAAGUAUCGAUCAGGAUGGGAUCCUCAUAGAGGGGCAGAUAAUAUUUCCACUAAAUCUUCGGACAGUGACGUAAGUGACAUAUCUGCGGUUUCCAGGACUAGUAGUGCUUCUCGUUUCAGCAGCACAAGCUACAUGUCUGUCCAAUCAGAGCGGCCAAGAGGAAACAAGAAAAUCAGUGUCUUUACAUCCAAAAUGCAAAGCAGACAAAUGGGCAUCUCAGGGAAGAACAUGACCAAGAGCACCAGCAUCAGCGGAGACAUGUGCUCGCUGGAGAAGAAUGAUGGCAGCCAGUCGGACACCGCAGUGGGGGCCUUGGGCACCAGCAGCAAAAAGCGACGCUCUAGCAUUGGGGCCAAAAUGGUAGCUAUCGUUGGUCUUUCCCGGAAGAGCCGCAGUGCUUCUCAGCUCAGCCAAACAG